AUGGGUGAAGGCCGACGAGGUGGAGAGACUGUUGGGGGUCUGGGUGACGCCGGUCGGUUGCUGCGCGCCCACCUGGGAGAAGGCAUUCGCACGGAUAAAGGAGAAACUGAGGCAGUGGGAGGUGCAACACCUGACGACCAGGACAAAGCCUUCAUUAUGUGGAGCAAGGAGUUGCUGUACAUGGCUAGAGAGGAUGGGGGUAUGGGGGUGUGCGAUCCGGAGAUAGCCCUCACCUGUCUCACGGCGAGGCGUAUCGGCUUACUCCUCACCGAGACAAACGAGCUGAAACGGGACAUUAUGCUCAAGGCUGCUGACUUGCCGCUGGGGCUGGACACAUUUGUUUCUCAUGUCAAGCUCCUGAAGUGCUGGAGUGGGAAGAGUGAGCGAUGGAAGCUGGCUUGUGGCAACUUCAUACAAUCGCCGCUGGCCGACACAUCACCUGCACUGUCAUGGGCGGAGGCAGAGAAGGAGAGGAUCGAUUUCAACCGACAUAUUUUGCUAAACGGGAGGACUCUGGUGGGAGGGCAGAAGGCGGCGGAGAAGCUCUGGGAGGUCCGGCUUAGCGACUUGCUAAGCCCGGACGGUGCGGGGGGCCGGCGGCCUAAGGACGUAAAGCUCCUGGCGAAGGAGCUAGGCGGUACCAAACAAGCGAAGCUGGCGCUGCGGGCCUGGGAUGCAGUGCCGCAGAACUGGAAGCUGCUCCUUCUGCCUGCCGAGCAACAGGAGGGGGACGUUUUGGCUCCGAGGGCUCCCCUCCAGAGAACCCUCGUGCUCAGCGGUGGGCAGCUGACGUCGCUGAGGGAGCUGAAGGGAUGCUGGCAACAGAAGAAACAUCAGUCCGCAAAGAGAGAGCUGUGGGCGGGCAGAUGGGGAGGAGAAAUUAACUAG